GCAGUCUCGGCAGCGACGUCGUCCGCGUCCGUCGCGUGCCCGCCGUCGAUCGCGACGCAUUUAAAAAUCGAUGCAUGAUCUGAAACCGGAAUCCAAUAAUCAUCGUAAUUUCGAUUUUUUGCACUACUAAUCGUACCGGUUCCUAUGCGCAAUAGAAUUGGGAUGUUGAUUGUUCGUCUGUGGCUUUUGAAUGUGAUCUGGGACGCAUUCCUGCAAAUUUAAAAAGUGAUUUUUUUGCGAAUCAACUUAGUUUCUAGUUGACCCUCAAACCUCAACCUUAUAUAUAAUGCUUGCUCUGUCCUCGGAGAUUAUAGUGCGCCGUAAAACUUUAAGUGCGAAAUUAAAAACAAAGAAGCGUUUCCUCCGUUGCGCACAGGAAUCGGGUGCUUUACGAGGUUCGUGAUUAUUUGAAUGUAGUGCAGUGAUGUGAGGAUGAUAGUGUGUGGCCAUGUCUAGCGUGGCGAAGAAAGACAAGCCGACGAUGUCGGUGACGGCGCUCAUCAAUUGGGCGCGGCCGUCGGCGCCCGGCCCGCAGCAGCCGCAGCAGGCGGCGCCCGCUCUGUCCAACAACAUGCUGCAGACGCUCGGCUCGCCGUCGAACCUUCCCAACGUCGACUGUACCCUCGAUCAAUGGCUGAACAUAGAGGCGGGGUUUAUGUCGCCCAUGUCCCCGCCGGAGAUGAAGCCCGACACCGCCAUGCUGGACGGUCUGCGGGACGACGCCACCUCCCCGCCCGCGCUCCGCAACUACCCCCCCAACCACCCGCUCAGUGGCUCCAAACACCUCUGCUCGAUAUGCGGCGACAGGGCGUCGGGGAAACACUACGGAGUUUACAGCUGCGAAGGAUGCAAGGGGUUCUUCAAGCGGACGGUGCGGAAGGACCUGACGUACGCGUGCCGCGAGGAGCGCAACUGCAUCAUCGACAAGCGGCAGCGGAACAGGUGCCAGUACUGCCGCUACCAGAAGUGCCUGGCGUGCGGCAUGAAGCGCGAGGCCGUGCAGGAGGAGAGGCAGCGCGCGGCGCGAGGCGCUGAGGACGCGCACCCCAGCAGCUCCGUGCAGGAGCUGUCGAUAGAGCGCCUGCUGGAGAUGGAGUCGCUGGUGGCGGACCCCAGCGAGGAGUUCCAGUUCCUCCGUGUCGGCCCAGACAGCGGCGUGCCGCCCCGGUACCGCGCGCCCGUCUCCUCCCUGUGCCAGAUCGGCAACAAGCAGAUAGCGGCGCUGGUGGUAUGGGCGCGCGACAUCCCGCACUUCGGCCAGCUGGACCUGGACGACCAGGUCUGCCUGCUCAAGGCCUCCUGGAACGAGCUGCUGCUCUUCGCCAUCGCCUGGCGCUCCAUGGAGUACCUGGAGGACGAGCGGGAGAACAUGGACGGCACGCGCACCGUCUCCCCGCCGCAGCUCAUGUGUCUCAUGCCCGGCAUGACGCUGCACCGCAACUCGGCGCUGCAGGCGGGCGUGGGCCAGAUCUUCGACCGCGUGCUGUCGGAGCUGUCGCUGCGGAUGCGCGCGUUGCGCGUCGACCAGGCCGAGUACGUCGCGCUCAAGGCCAUCGUGCUGCUCAACCCCGAUGUAAAAGGACUGAAAAAUCGACAAGAAGUCGACGUACUACGAGAAAAGAUGUUCUCGUGCCUGGACGAGUACUGCCGGCGCGCGCACAGCUCGCAGGAGGGCCGCUUCGCCGCGCUGCUGCUGCGGCUGCCGGCGCUGCGCAGCAUCUCGCUGAAGAGCUUCGAGCACCUCUUUCACUUCCGACUCGUCAGCGACGGCCAGGUCGGGCCCUACAUCCGCGACGCGCUGCGCAACCACGCGCCCCCCAUACACGCCAACUCGCUUAUGUAACGCGCGCUAAACGAUAAGCGACCAGCAAUCGCGGCGUAAGCAUCAACUGCGAGCUAAGGGUCGCCUACUGCGACUUUUAGUAGCGAUGCAGUCGCGCGAUUAUGAAGCGCACGACUGCAUCACUACUGACGCGCGUUAGUCGCAUUUGCAACUCCAUACAAAACACACAGCUAGCGACUGCAUCGCGACUGUAUCGAAGCAAAUAUGCGACAGUAUCGCGACUGCAUCGCUACAAAAAGUCGCAAUGGGUGCACGGCCUAGCCAAGCAAUCGCGGGAUAAACCGCGAAAUAAGCGACAAAUUGCGGGAUAAGUAACAGCCGCGAGUUAAGCUACCGGCGAUCGUGAAAUAACCGAUCUGCAAUUGCGGAAUAAGUCGCACCCGUGAACUAAGCGAUAAGCGAUUGAGGCAAACCAGCACCAACGGUACAGCCAGAUCCAACUCGGUUAGGCGUUUUUGAAUUGAAUAAACGUAUGCUCAAAAAAAAAAACUCAUGGAAUACUGUAUGGUACUCGAAAAAUCAAUUUCAGUGAUAAAUUUCAAUUCAAAAAUACCCUAAUGACAAUGGAUAUAUUUUGGCUUUUAACCCUCAAGAUAACUAUCAAUACUUUACAGAGUGGCUUAACUUAUUUAAAGCCCCGUUUUAACGAGUUUUAAUAGGCACUAGAUUUUUUGGAAAGGGCCCAAAUGAUGUCCGUAACGCUUUGGGAGACUUGAGUGUAAGCGCGUAUUCUACAGCAAUAUUGCUAACUCGUUGAGCUGUUUAGUCGGUUCAAGAUUAGCCAUACAGAAUCGCAAUAAGCGAAAAUUAAAUUGUUAUAUAAGAGUUGUAGUUUGUUCAGUAAAUUAGAUUUGUGAUUUGUCGGCAUUUCGACUAGAUAGCUUGUAGCUAUCUAAAUGUAACUAAACAGAGAAAUAUUAUUCAGUAUAAUAUGUAAAAAAUUAAGCAAGAGCAAAACGUUUUAACUCGUACUUCGUUUGACGAAGAAUCCGCAAGAAUAAUGUCAUCACAAACACAAUAUAAAACUUACAUUAAAAACAAAUACAUUUAUGUAUUACAAUCUAGGCAGUACUGUCUCAGUUAAUGGAACUAUUAUUAUAGUCAACCAUAAUUAUUAAUUAUUAUUAUUAUAAUUAAAACAUUUAGAUGUAUAUCUAUAUUCUACGUGUUAAAUUUAAAUAUGUAUAUAGAUUUAAUGUAAUGUUGAAACUAAUUACGUUAGGUAAGCUCAAUAUCGAACACAUGAUUAUUAUUUCUGGUGUCGGCAUUAGAUUUGUGAUCGUUGAUUAGCUUAGAAUGAGGAUCGUGUUAAAACUAAAAACUAUUAUAGGUUCAUUCGUUAUACAAUUCAUGGGUAAUCUCGCGUGAUUUUGCGAAUAGUUCGUGAACGCGAAUUGUUUAGAUUUUCACAAAUUUCGUGUAAUUUUUCACCAUAUUUCGGUAAAACUUGCUCGGUGUUGCAUGGCAUUCACCUAAUUAGUACAGAGCGGGCUCUAUGAAUGUCAGCCGACGUUGUGCCAUACGCAAUAUUGAUAUCCAAAUGUUGCCUGGCAAUAGCUAGACUGAAUAAUUUUGUACUAUCACGGUGUAAAACUAAAACUUUAAAAAUUCUAAACGAUCGAUAAUUUUUCUGAAUGCUCUGUUGAACACCAGAACACUUACGUCUCCAAAUUAUUUUCUCUAUAAAGCGUCUUAAACGUAAAUAAAAUACGUUAUUAAUUGACAUGCUGAAUUUAAAAUUAAUUAUUGAAUUAAGUU